GUCCUCGGUAGCGUUAGAGGGAAGCUGUUUCCUGUUUCGAAUCUGACAGGCUCCUGACAAACUACGCCCGUUUAUUCGCUCUGGUUCUUCCAUCGAUCGGAGACUCCCCGUGCGCGAACUGCGUUGCUUGUAGAGGUCUUCCUAAAGGGAAGCGCAAUUCCCAAACAUCAAUUCUAUCAACCGUAAUUCCGAUUCGAUUCAUAGUUACUGGAGUCUGGUGGAAUAAAUCCGUCCUAUAUUGUUGUAAAAGCCAUUCUUCUCGAUGGCUCCUGCUUACUUGACGACGGAGGAGGUUCUUCAGAGAGACAUACCAUGGGAAACUUACAUGUCUGCUAAGCUCAUUACUGGUACACAUCUUCAGUUAUUGAGGCGCUAUGACAAAAAAUCUGAUAGCCAAAAAGCUUCUUUACUUGAUGAUGACGGACCUGCUUAUGUGCAACUAUUCACCAACAUUUUAUGUGACAUAUCGAAGGAAGAGACAGUGGAGUAUGUGCUUGCUCUUAUUGAUGAAAUGCUUAGAGCAAAUCCAAAGCGGGUUGGACUUUUUCACCAAGCAAGUGAAGAUAUUUACCAUCCUUUCUUAAGAUGGCUUGGGGAAGGAAAUUGGUUCAUACAAGAGAAGUGUUGUAAAAUAUUGACUCUUGUUGUAAGUAUUCGACCGAAAGCUCGUGAUGGCCACAUUACAACUGGAGAACCCUCACAUUCAAAAAGCAAGAUCUCAACUUUGAACGAUGUUUUAAAAGGACAACUUGAUUGGCUCUCUUCUCAGCUGAAGAAUCCAUCUCAUCCAACUUGUUCUAUACCUUUGGCUAUAAAUUGCCUAUCCAAUUUGCUGAGAGAACCCUCCGUGAGGGUUUCAUUUGUUCAAGCAGAUGGUGUUAAAUUGCUAGUUCCUUUGAUUUCACCGGCAUCGAAUCAGCAGUCCAUCCAGCUUCUUUAUGAAACUUGCCUUUGUAUUUGGCUCUUGUCCUAUUAUGAUCCAGCGGUGGAUUACUUGGCCACUACUAGGGUUAUGCCAAGGCUUGUGGAGGUUGCAAAAGGUUCAACCAAAGAAAAGGUUGUGAGGGUCAUUGUGUUAACCUUGCGAAAUUUGCUGCCAAAACCAGCAUGUGGGGCACAGAUGAUUGAUCUUGGAUUACCACAGAUCAUCCAGUCUCUAAAAGCUCAGGCCUGGAGUGAUGAGGAUUUAUUAGACGCACUGAAUCAAUUGGAAGAUGGACUUAAAGAACAUAUUAAAACUUUGAGUUCCUUUGACAAGUAUAAGCAGGAAGUCCUUUUGGGUCAUCUUGAUUGGUAUCCUAUGCACAAGGACCCAGGUUUCUGGAGAGAGAAUAUUACAAAUUUUGAAGAAAAUGAUUUCCAGGUUCUGCGUGUCCUUGUCACUAUCCUUGAUACUUCUUCUGAUUCUACGGCACUUGCUGUUGCAUGUUAUGAUCUGUCUCAGUUUAUUCAGUAUCAUCCUGCUGGAAGAAUCAUCGUGUCUGACCUGAAGGCUAAGGAUCGGGUGAUGAAGCUUAUGAAUCACGAAAAUACCGAGGUGACAAAGAACGCCCUUCUAUGUAUCCAAAGGCUUUUUCUUGGAGCCAAAUAUGCUAGUUUUUUGCAGGCUUAAGUUAAUAUUCCCUACAGUGGAAUCCUAUUGUUGAAAUAUUAUGGUAAAUGAGUGCAAAGAGUACUGCUUUUCUCUUUCCGGGUGCCUUCCUCUCCUCGGAUUGGUAUGCAUUGCCGUUUCUUGCUUUGCGUAAUAAAUUGAAAACUCCAUUUUAAUGCUGGAGUAUUGUAUUUGGAGACAAGAAAUAAACACUUUUUUAUGUGUGUUAUUCA